AGAGUGCUGUGAAGAGUGCUGUCAAGUGUUGAAAGUGUCCUGAAAAGCGCAUCGCAAACACAUUCCAGUUAUAAUAAAGAGUCACUGAGCCCGUUUCUCAUGUGCGCGCCCUGGUGCGCGGGUCUGCGCGGUCAUGUGCGCGGCCUGGUGCGCGGGUCUGCCCCAUGGAAGAAUAAUAACAAUCAUAUCCGAGCUAGGGUCUGGCGUGUGGAUCUGUGACCGCGGCUCUGCCCAAAGUCUUUUGCACUGAGCUCACUUCCGGGUGUGUCCAUAGUCACGUGACCGUGGGUAUAAACCGCAUCUGCGCCUCUGAUCUGGACUUCACCCUACGUGCAUUUUGUCCGCAGAACCGUCUGAGUCCGGAACCGAGUCUGAUCUGUCCCCGGGAAUAAGAGCCCCUGCCCGUCCUCGCUCCGUGCCGCGCCCCGCUGCAGUCCCAGGAGUUGCUGACAUGGAGCUGAGAUAACCCUCGUCCUGCCGCUGGUCCUGUACUCCUUGCGCCGCUCCUCGCGCUGCUGCUGUGUCCGGACUGUGCGACAGCGGUAACGCGGCAGAGACAUGACCGCCGCUCUGUCGCUCCUUCUGAGUCUGAUUAUUCCCGCGCUGACUGACGCGCGGUCUCUGCGCAGUUGGAGCUCUGCGGAGAGUGUGAGCGUGGCAGAAGUGGUACAAGGUUUGAAUCAGCGCCUCCUAGUGGACACAACACGACCCUUCGCUCUUGUCAAUGGAGAGAGGACCAGCCUCAGAACUGCGCUACAGGAUGGGCAUCCGGAGCAGUUGCAGUGUGGUCUGGAGUUUGGGGGAAGGCUCUUUAUCCUGGAGCUGGAGAAGAACCAUCUUCUUCUGCCCAAACAGCCCUCUGUGUUCUACUACCUUCCCAAUGGAACUGGGGUGUCGCUGCAGGAGCACCCCCUGACCCAUUGUUUUUACCACGGCAGAGUCCGGGGCCUUCCUCAUUCCAGAGCUGCCCUCAGCACCUGCUCUGGCCUCAGGGGGGUAAUUGCCCUGAACGCGACACUGAGUUUGGAGUUGCAGCCUCAGGAACAGGAAACAGGAAGUACGGUGCAGGAAACAGGAAGUGGAGAAGAACCUGAUGCACUGCACUUGCUGUUCUCCUCAGGGAGAGCAGAAGGCGUUCGAGAGGCAAGCUGUGGGGUCACUUACACUGCACCCCCAACACCCCCCCAACUACAUCACCGGAGGAGGAGGGACAUUCUGACAGAGACCAAGUACAUCGAGUUGGUUCUGGUCGUAGAUCAUCAGGAGUUUCUGAAUUAUCAGAAGAACAAUAAGACCAUCAUCUACCGCAUGUUGGACGUGGCCAACCAGGUUGACUGGUUCUACAGACCGUUGAACGUGCGUGUGGCCCUCACUGGUCUGGAGAUCUGGAGCGAUACAGACAAAAUCCACAUAGAGAAGAAUCCGACCGAGACGCUCCACAACUUCCUCCAGUGGCGCUCCAGAGACCUGCUGCCGCGGAUACGGCAUGACAACGCCCAGCUGAUCAUGGGUGGCUCGUUCGAUGGCACCACUGUUGGGAUGGCAUCUCAGAGCUCCAUGUGUUCCAGAGACCGCUCUGGAGGAGUCAACGUGGACCACUUGGUGAGCGUUCUGGGUGUGGCUUCCACCGUGGCUCAUGAGCUUGGACACAACCUCGGAAUGAGCCAUGACUCUGCAGAGCGCCGCUGUCAGUGUCACAGCGAGGGGCGGAACCACGGCUGCAUCAUGGAGCCCUCUACCGGCCUCCUUCCUGGCCAGAGCUUUAGCAGCUGCAGCCUGGAAGACCUGAGCUCCAGCCUGCUCCAUGGAGGGGGCAUGUGUCUGUUUAAUGUGCCCAGACCUGAGAGCCUUUUGGGGGGGCCGCGCUGUGGAAACCUGUACCUGGAGCCUGGAGAGGAGUGUGACUGUGGACUAAUACAGGAGUGCUCGGACCCCUGCUGUAACGCCUCCACAUGUCGCCUGGUCUCUGGAGCUCAGUGUUCGUCUGAUGGCGUUUGCUGCUCCGACUGUCAGCUGCGUGCGGCCGGCUCUGUCUGCAGACUGCCCCUGGGCGAGUGUGACCUCCCUGAGUUCUGCAGCGGCACAUCUCCUCACUGUCCCCCCAAUGUUUACCUCCAUAAUGGAGAGCCCUGCCUCCACGGAGCAUCCUACUGCUACGGGGGAGUCUGUGCCAGUCUGGACCAGCAGUGCCAGACCCUCUGGGGCCCCAAUUCGACCCAGGCUCCAGACGUGUGCUUCUUGUCGGUGAAUAAACAGGGAAAUAAAUUUGGAAACUGCGGCCAACUGGGCAAUGGGUCCUACUUGCCUUGCCCCGACCAGGACGUGCUGUGUGGGCGUGUGCAGUGUCGUGGAGGUGGUCAGCGCCCCCUCCUGGGCUCUGCAGAAAUCCUGACUACCACAGUGCACUCAGACCUGGACCAGGAUCAGUACCAGGAUCAGGACCUAGUCUGUAGAGGGACCUACCUCCACCUGGGACAAGACGUCUCUGACCCGGCCUCUGUGUCCCCAGGGACACGUUGUGGACCAGGAAAGGUGUGUCUGGAUCAGAAGUGUCAGGAGGACUCUGUGUUCAGGGUGGAGGAGUGUCGACAGAAGUGCCAUGGUCACGGGGUGUGUAACAGUAACAGAAACUGUCACUGUGAUGAGGGCUGGGCUCCUCCAGACUGCGUGAGCUCAGGGACGGGAGGGAGCACCGACUCUGGGCCCACCAAAUCCACCAGAGACUCGUCCCCAGUCCGCGUGGCUCUCGUGAUCCUGUUCCUUUUGGUUCUCCCGGUCCUGGUUCUGGUUCUAGUUUGGCCUCGAGUCCGAAGACUUCUGCGACUGGGACUCCUUUCCCAGAGCAAACUGCGCCAACACAGAACUCCUCGGGGUGACAGAAGAAACGUGGAGCAGGUCACACCUCUUCGAUUUCAUGCUCUGACCCCUGGAGAUGAUGUCACAGGUCAGGCUCCGCCCCCUGGCCAGGCAAGAGGGCGCCCGGCUGCUCCCUGUAAGCCCCUUCCGCCUGACCCUGCCCCUCAGAAGCCCAUGCCUCCUUCGCGACCUUUGCCCCCUGACCCCGCUCUCUUCUCUCAGCCCACUGUUCCACUGAAGUCCCUCCCACUGUAUCCGCUUCAUCGCCAUGGCAACAGCAUCACACCUGAGGCCACAUUCAAAAGAGUUCCUCCUCUUCCUCCAGUCGGCUCCUCCCACAGAGGCAGAGCGUCUCAGGUGGACUGAGAUGCACCUUAAAGCACUGAGGCACAAAGGACGCUGGGAAAUGGAGCUCUGCCAAAGAAUCUUUCACCUUUAACCAAUCAAACUCAGGAUUUGUGAUGAGGGAUGAUUGUUCAGCCAAUCAAAGCACAGUAUGAACUGAAAUCAGCCAAUCGGAGCAUGAUAUGAACUCAACUCAGCUGUUAGUUCUGAGGCAUCAUACCGGACCUGCUGAGAAGACGACCUGGUUUAUUCCUGGAUUAGACCCUGGUUAAAACUUGGAUUAGACCUUGACUUAGUCCAGGUUUAGUCCUGGAUCACACCGUGAUUUAAUCCUGGAUUAGACCCUGAUGUAGACAAUGGUUUAGUCCUAGAUUAGACUCUGGUUUGGUCCUGGUGUAGUCCCGGUUCAGAGGAGAAUGCUGUCUAAUAUGAUUUACUUGUGCUGUUGUUGGUGGUUGAAAAUGCUGAAGGAGGUGAAAAUGCAGGAUGAGGUGUCCAAUCCAGGAGGUUUGAGCUGCGUCAGACGAGCU